AAAAUUUCCCGCGCAGAAUGACACCCGCACCCUCUCAUUCCCCUUCGCACAAUUGUCACCCAAAAUGAGCCUUGUUAGUAAUUUAUUUCAACGUACCGUGCGAUUUUUUCAAGCUUACCAUUCUUUGCUAUACAGCUUUUGCCGAAGGGAAAAAUCGUUCCAUUUACUUAGACUUCCAUAUGUUCCUUUUCGAAAAAUUAUUCAUCAAAUGAAAAUUUUUGAAGUUGCAAAACUCUCGCAAACAUCGGAAAAGACUCGACUUGAAAUUAAGAAAAUAAAGAGGAAAGUUUACAAAAUAAUGGUUGAAAACUUCAUUCACGAUUAUCCUGUUGGCAAGAAGUAUGAGUUUCAAAAAUUUUUAAUCUUUGAAUCUCUUAAUGAUGUUAUAUUCUCUUACAAUGGUCUUAAAACUCGUCCGAUUAAAAGUUCCAUGCAAACAUCGAUCAAUGAUGUACAUCAAUUUAUUAAUUUGUUUCAUAUAUUCGGAAGUCAAAAGGCAAUUUCACUUGAAAUCCUAAGUCCAUAUAACCUCGCCUCAUUGCUUUACCUUUUUUUGAACCUGUUCGAAGUAGAUCACAUCGAUUUGCAAUUUGAUAUUGAUCAACUUUUCGGAGAUUACCAAUUUCUAUUAAACAAACCGUGGUUGACAAAAUGCAAAUACGAGUUGGUCGGUAGGGAGAUAUUCCUCACAUCUGAGCAACUGAGCAAGGUUUUGAAUAGUAUUAGUGUGGAACACGGAUUGACACUCAAAUGCCAGUUUGCAAUGGAUCUCGACAAAACUAUAUUAUUAAAUAUUCGCCGACUGGACUCCUAUUUCAACCCAGGCUUCACACUCGAUGAUUUGAAAUCCAUGAACUGUGAAGAGCUGAUAAUCUGGAAACAUAGUUUCACACCAGAAGACAUUAACAAUUUUAUUCGUAAUUGGUUAAACGGUAGCAUGCAAACACUGAAAAGAUUCCACUUGAGCAAUGCUCUCGAAACAAGAGAUUUUGUUAUAGUGUUGAAUGAAAUUGCAGUAAAUAGAUGGGACGGAGUACGGCGAGCAGAAUAUUACAGAAUCGGAAUUCAAGAAUUUGACUGUUCCGAUGGAUGGGAUAUCGAAAGGAAUGAUGGAGUCAUUGCUACUGCACUGUUUGGAGAAUCAUCAUUUGAUUUCCUUGUUUGGCGCUAAUAACUUUAUGCUUGUUGUGCUUUUGUUUCCUGUGUACAAUUUAUAUAGCAUUUUCAAAUAUUGGUUGCUCGACUAAUUUAUAAUUUCUGCAAACUGCAAAAAACGUUGUCGAUAAUCGUUUGAGUUUCCAGUUUCUGUGUUAUACCCGUUUAAAUUAUUGAAAAACUAGAACGGGAUACCUUUUUGGCCAUUACUAAAGAAUGGAAAUAGUAUUUUCAGAUCGUUCCAAAGAAGUCAAAGAAAUCAGUAGAAUGAACUUUUGAUAGUUUGUGUGCCGUAGUGGGCAUUGUCGAAAAUUGUUCUUUAUGUUCUUGUUACGAAAACUACAAUUUGCACAGUUUUCGUUUUAAAAAAUUUGAUAAAUAAAC